AUGGCUGACCGACUUAGCGAAGCGGGACACAAGGUGCUGUUAAUCGAGAAAGGGCCACCGUCUUCAGGUCGAUGGGGUGGCACAAUGAAGCCCGCAUGGCUCCAAGGCACUAACCUGACACGGUUCGACGUUCCGGGGCUUUGCAAUCAGAUUUGGGCCGACCCCACGGGCGUCUCUUGUACUGACAUAGAUCAAAUGGCGGGCUGCGUUCUCGGGGGUGGGACGGCGGUAAACGCAGGGCUGUGGUGGAAGCCGCACCCGGAGGACUGGGACACCAACUUCCCUGCUGGAUGGCAAACCAAGGAUCUCGCGGCCGCCACCGACCGCGUGUUCUCAAGAAUACCCGGAACCAUCACCCCUUCAGUGGAUGGUAAACGAUACUUGUCGCAGGGAUUUGAUGUGUUGGGGGGCAGUCUUCGAGCGGCCGGGUGGGAGUACGUGGUACCCAAUGAGACCCCGGAGAAGAAGAACCGCACGAUUGGACACAGCACGUUUAUGUUUUCCGGUGGUGAGAGGGGCGGGCCUUUGGCCACCUAUCUCGUCACCGCGAGCGGGAGGAACACGUUUACCCUGUGGACAAAUACGAUUGCUAAGCGAAUCAUCCGCACUGGCGGCCAUGCCACUGGUGUCGAGGUGGAGUGCAACCGUGGUGGACAUGCUGGUGUUGUGAACCUGACACCAAACACUGGACGUGUCAUCUCAGCGGCCGGAGCCUUUGGCUCUGCAAAGUUGUUGUUUAGGAGCGGCAUUGGCCCAACCGACCAGCUGAACAUCGUCAAGAACUCAACAGAUGGACCGACGAUGAUUGAUUCAGCGCAGUGGAUUAACCUACCGGUGGGCUACAACUUGAAUGACCACGUUGGGACAGAUAUUGAGAUCGCCCAUCCUGAUGUUGUUUUUUAUGAUUACUACGCUGCUUGGCGAUCGCCUAUUGCCAGCGAUGCCGAGACAUAUUUGGCCAACCGGACUGGCCCCUUUGCUCAGGCGGCUCCAAAUAUUGGCCCCAUCUUUUGGGAAAUCAUCAAGGGUGGUGACGGCACUGAUAGACACCUACACUGGCAGGCUCGAGUAGAGGGGCUUACCAACACCUCCAUGACUGUUACCCAGUAUCUUGGAACCGGGUCAACGUCUCGAGGAAGAAUGACAAUCACUAGGCAACUCAAUACGGUUGUCUCGACUCCUCCCUAUCUUAGAACAGAGCAUGACAAGCAGGCAGUCGUUGAGGGUCUAAUCAGUCUCCAAAAGUCUCUGGCCAACGUCGCUAAUUUGACGUGGAUUACCCCGAGACCAGGAGUUUCGGCAGAGCAAUUUGUGAACUCGAUCCCUGCAAUUCCAGGACGCCGAGGUUCCAACCAUUGGAUAGGAACUGCCAAGAUGGGCACUGAUGAUGGGAGGUCUGGCGGAACGUCCGUGGUGGACUUGAACACCAAGGUAUACGGGACUGACAACAUAUUUGUUGUUGAUGCUUCCAUCUUCCCCGGAAUGAUCACCGCCAACCCGUCCGCUGCCAUUGUUAUUGUUUCGGAGCACGCUGCCACCAAGAUUCUUGCGCUUUCUUCUGCCUAAGUUAGGUAUGGGGGACUAUUCGUCUCCGUAAGCCCCAAAGCUAGUUGGCAAAAGUCUAGGGUCACAGGAAGGCUGAUUUGUAGCUAUGUAAAUUAAAAGAAUUGAUUUGACAGAGCAUUGAUUUGGAGCAUGUCA